AUGUCUCAAGUACUUCGCACCCCAACAACCCGUAGACUCCUGUCAUCCUCAACCCUCCCUCGCCUCUCCACUCGCACAUACUACAGCUACGAAACACCUCUCCCACCACCCUACCCACCCACCGAAAUCGCAAUUUUGUCUGCAGCACUCACCCACGUACCCAUAAACGGCUGGACGAAUGCAUCUCUACGUCAAGGCGCCCGCGACGCAGGAUACCCAGAUGUAUCUACGAACCUGUUCCCGAAAGCCGAGUUUGAAUUGGUGUUGUACCAUUUACGGACGCAGAGGUUGGGGUUAAAGGAGCGUGUGCAGUUUCAAGAGGAAGCGAGGUUGGGGGUGACGAGUAAGGUGAAGGCUUUGGUCAUGGAGAGGUUGAGGGGGAAUGUGGAGGUUGAUGUGCAGGAGAGGUGGCAGGAGAGAGGUAAACACAGNGCACUAGGUCUCAUGUCUCUGGCCGGCAAUAUCCCUCCCUCGCUCCGCGAACUCUAUCUCCUCGCAGACGAAAUCUGGUUCCUGGCUGGCGAUGAGGCGGUCGACAGUUCCUGGUACACCAAGCGUGCAACACUGAGCUCCAUAUACGCCGCGACAGAAACAUACUCGACUACAGAUCAAAGCACAGACUUCAAGGACACAGAGGAGUUUUUGAACAGGAGGUUACAAGAGGCGAGAGUGGUGGGAGGUGCGUGGAGGAACGUCAGGGAGUGGAUGAGUUUCCAGGGCAUAGCCACUGUCAACAUGGCGAGGAACUGGGGUGUGAGGAUAUGA